AUGUUUGCCAAGGACAACGGUGCAGUUCAUGGCCUCCGGCUCGUCGUGCCUCUCCUCAUGGCCAUCAUUGCCAUCCUGUAUGCCACUGCCACGGUGAGUGGUCACCAAUUGCCGCCCGGGAACCACAAGUUGUGCGGUCCGGCUCUGUCCGAUGCCAUGGAUGUGGUGUGUGCCCACGGCUACAAUUCGCUGCCCCAGAAGCGCGGUGUCCUGCCAUCGGAGGAGCUGCCGGAUAAUGCUUUGUGGCCGGGACUGGCUGGAGCAGCUGGCUACUCCUUCAGUCCCCUGCUGACCAACCUGUAUGGCAUUCAGAUCCUGGUGAAGACGCCUCGCCACAGGAGACAUCUGCCGGGUGGCGUCUACGAUGAGUGCUGUGUGAAGUCGUGCUCCUACGAGGACCUCGCCGCCUACUGUCUCCCCAAAUAGGCACCCACA